UGUUAUCGUUUCCCGCCAUCAGCUGGUUUUCCCCAAAUCGGAGAAAUCUAGGGUUUUACUCUUAGGAAGAGAGAAAGGAAGAAAAGAAGGUUUGGUUUGCGUUGUGUACAGAUGUCGUCGUUAAGCUGGAGACACCACACGCUCAUUCAGUCGCUCUUAUCCCGAGGCCCUCUCAAGGAAUCUGAGUUUCGUUCCAUUUUUACUAAAAUCACUGCCAAUAGAUCAGAUAAUGAUAGAUUGUUCCAUGAUUACCUCAAGAAGAUAAAUUCAUGUCUUGCUUAUGUUCAAUUUGAGUUACGUGCGUUCAGAAACCAGUAUGAUGGCACGGUGUAUUAUGGAGUGGUUAACAAUGUUGCAGAUGAACAGUCCAAGCUUGGCACUAAGUACACGGUUCCUCAAAUUGCUUUUUAUAAAGGAAUUAUCGAAGCAAUUAUACAAGAUGAUACUGCAAAAGGCAGCAUUACCAAUAUUGAUGCUCUUAAUACAAGGUUGGAAAAUCAGGUUCCUAAUGGAGGUGGACCAGAGUCGCAGGGUGUUUCAUCUCAGGUUCCUGCUGCUUUCAGAAAUUUUUCUUUGUCCCAGAAGGAACGAACUCUUGAUGAGCUAGUACGUGAUAAAUGGCUAUGUGCAACCUCAGAUGGUAGGAUUGGGCUUGGUGUUAGAUCCUUUUUGGACCUAAGGAGCUGGUUUCGUAGUAAUGAUGUUCCUGCUUGUGAUGUCUGUAAUGAAGCUGGAGUGAAGGCAGAUCCAUGUUCAAAUGGAAGUUGUUCUGUUCGCAUCCAUAACUACUGUCUGACCAGGAAAUUUUCCCAAAGAAAGGCGGAGAGGAUCUGUCCCGGUUGUGGCACACAAUGGGAUUAUACAGUGCCCAAAAGUGAAUUUGUUGUACAUGAGGAGGAGCUGCAAAAUGGGAACUCUCAGAAUGAACCACCUCCUGAACCCCCCAGGAGGAAGAAGCAGAGACGCGGCAGAACUGAGGACGACACUAGUGGAUCUGGUCCCUCUCAGACUUGCACAGUCAAAUCUGAAACGAGGACAACCCGGCGCUCCUCACGGCUAGUCGGUGCCAGCCAAAGUUAACCAGUACCUAUUUACUGGAGAAUUCUCUCCUAGAAUCAUGCUUGUAAAAUACACAAUUGUCGCUUUCAGACUGGUUGUUUUGGAUCCUGGAAUCAGGAUAUGUUUCGAAACCAAGCUUGCAAAUUUUUCUGGAACUAAAUGGUUUUGGUACACUGAGCAAGCUUGUAAAGCUUACUUUGUUAAACUAUGUCUUUCAUUGCAAGUUGAUUGACAUUGUUUUAGUUCUGUUUGGUCUUUAUUUGAUUGAAGAACAAAUCAAGGAAGAAUAUGCGUUUAAUGAGCUUGUCCUUUUUUUAGAGUGUCACUCAUCAUCAUUGUCAA